AUGCUGCUGGGAAACUACAGCGCUGCACUGCAUGGGGCUGGUGGUGUGGCGGCCGGUGCAGACAGCCGGGGGCUUUUGCUGGUGAAAGGAAAUGCCAGCGAUGGCAAAAAAAUUGGGUGGAGCGAGAACUUCGUACUGAGCCUCACUGUUACAAUUGAGGAACACAAGUCCUUGUCGCGGCUGAUUGGCGGCGGUGGGAACGGUGUUUUAACGGCAGACGGCACGCUUGUCUUCCCGGUGCAGGCCACAAAGAAAAAGGCGACGGGGGAGGGUACGGCCGAAAAGGCCGUGUCGCUCGUCUUGCACUCCAGCGACCCUGCAGGCACGUGGCGGCUGUCGAAGGGGAUGUCGGCGGAGGGCUGCAGUAGUCCCUCCGUCGUGGCGUGGGAGGACAACAAACUUUUCAUGAUGGCCGCGUGCGAGGACGGCCGCCGCAGAGUGUACGAGUCGGAUGAUAAAGGGGAGACGUGGACGGAGGCGCUCGGGACGCUCUCGCGCGUGUGGGGCGACGCACCUGCGCGUGGUGGGCCCGACGUUCAAAGUGGGUUUAUUACUGCCCUAAUUGACGAAAGGAGAGUGCUGCUCGUCACCCUGCCGCUGCAUUCGGGCGAAAACGGCAAAUAA